AGUGAAUCAUGUGGUGCCGGGGGAGGAAGUGCGGCUUGUUUUCUUUCCUGCAGGCGCGCGGCUCCGGGUGGAGCGCGAUGCGCGGAGACCCCCGCGGGGGUGGCGGCGGCCGCGAGCCCAGAUGAAGCCGGAGCGCGCGGGCCGCGCAGCAGCGCCCCCGGCCCGAUGGAGGCCCCGCCGUGGGACCCCCUCCGCAACGACUCGCUGCCGCCCACGCUGACCCCGGCCGUGCCCCCCUACGUGAAGCUCGGCCUCACUGUCGUCUACACCGUGUUCUACUCGCUGCUCUUCUUGUUCAUCUACGCGCAGCUCUGGCUGGUGCUGCGCUACCGCCACAAGCGGCUCAGCUACCAGAGCGUCUUCCUCUUCCUCUGCCUCUUCUGGGCCUCCCUGCGGACUGUCCUCUUCUCCUUCUACUUCAAAGACUUUGUGGCGGCCAACGCGCUCAGCCCCUUCGUCUUCUGGCUGCUCUACUGCUUCCCCGUGUGCCUCCAGUUCUUCACCCUGACGCUGAUGAACUUGUAUUUCACGCAGGUGAUUUUUAAAGCCAAGUCAAAAUAUUCUCCAGAAUUACUCAAAUACCGGUUGCCCCUCUACCUGGCCUCGCUCUUCAUCAGCCUCGUUUUCCUGUUGGUGAACCUAACCUGUGCGGUGCUGGUCAAGACGGGCACCUGGGAGAGGAAAGUGAUCGUGUCCGUGCGCGUGGCCGUCAACGACACGCUCUUUGUGCUCUGCGCUGUCUCCCUGUCCAUCUGCCUCUACAAAAUCUCCAAGAUGUCCUUGGCCAACAUUUACUUGGAGUCUAAGGGCUCCUCCGUGUGUCAGGUGACCGCCAUCGGCGUGACCGUCAUCCUGCUCUACACCUCUCGGGCCUGCUACAACCUGUUCAUCUUGUCAUUCUCUCAGAGCAAGAAUGUCCACUCCUUUGAUUACGACUGGUACAAUGUGUCAGACCAGGCGGAUUUGAAGAAUCAGCUGGGAGAUGCCGGAUACAUAGUGUUUGGAGUGGUCCUCUUUGUGUGGGAACUCUUACCCACCACCUUAGUAGUCUACUUCUUCCGAGUCAGAAAUUCUACGAAGGACCUGACAAACCCUGGAAUGGUCCCCAGCCAUGGAUUCGGUCCCAGAUCUUACUUCUUUGACAACCCUCGAAGAUAUGACAGUGAUGAUGACCUUGCCUGGAACAUUGGCCCUCAGGGACUUCAGGGAAGUUUUGCUCCAGACUACUACGACUGGGGACAACAAACAGCGAACAGCUUCCUGGCACAAGUAGGAACUUUACAACCAGACUCAAUUCUGGAUCCUGACAAACCAAGCCAUGGGUAGCGUCAGUUAACAGUUUUACGGAAGAUAUGCCUCAGCUGAAAUGUUUAAGAAAGACUAACUUAAUGACAGCUGAAUUUUUAGGGCAUGUUUCCUUAAGAAAUAGGACUUGAAUUUGUUACAGGUUUCUGAUGGCUCUAUAGGACUAAGCAAUAAUUUAGAUUGAUAAAAUCUUAUUUUAGUACUAAAAAGUGAGCCUGGCUGCCUAUUCCGUGAGUAUAAUUUAAACUUUAAAAAAUUCUGUACUUUUAUAAAGAUGUAUUUUAUAUAACUUAAUGCUAAAAUAUACUAGGAUUUUUUGAGAAUAUUAUUGCAAUAUACGUCAUAGUUUGCACAGACUUUUAUGCAUAAUUCACUUUAAAAGUAUACAGUAUAUAGUCUGAUGGUUUUUUUUUUUUUAAAAGGCUUUUGGACUAAAGUAUUCCUCAGACCCUUACCUCGUCAGGUCACUAAGAUUCUGUUAGACUCUAAGUAUAGUUGACGUCUAGGAAGCCAAUUGGAACUCAAGUGUUGAAAUUUAUAAUGCAGCAGAAUGUCAGCAGACUACACAGUAGGUAGUUGGUUCCUUACAGUGUUGAAAAGCACAGAUGGUUGGUUCCUCAAAGAAUCUCCUACAUUUUUCCAAAAUUUAAUCCUCCUUUCAACAGGGUCCUGAUGUACACACUCCAAUGAUAAGUUGAUAACGUUAGAAACAUGGAUAGAAUUGAUUUACACUAUUAAACCUCCUCUUCUGUAUUCAGAGAUUUUUGCAUAGUUUGUCAGCCCAGUAAAUCUAAUAGCCAUUACCUCGAAACUUCAGUAAGACUGCACCUUUUCCAGCUUACUGAACAUUUGUGACUGAACAAAGAAGUUCUUAAGAGGGGAUGAAUAACAGAUAUCCUUGCAUCUUUGAGCCAGAACAUCUAUGCGGAAUUCUAACAGUUUUAUUUUCGUUUCCAACCAUAUUAAAAUUAUACCUUUUAUUUUUAAGUAGCUCUGAAAGCAGCCUACUGGAAGCUGCUUGUUUAAAAAGAUGUUAAUAGUAGCACUGCAAUAUUCUGUAGCAUGAUGCCUGCCUCUUAAGUCACGGAAAAGCGCAUGUUCCAGACAGCUACUUGUAAGUUGUCUUUCAUCUAAGUGAAGCGCAGGUCAUAAAAAUAGUUCCCCAACCGUAAGUGCCGUUCUAAAGAUCUCCAAGACUAUAUAUAUGUAUAUGGCCUGCAGGUGUAAAACUGCCUAUAAUUAGAGGCUGUACAUGGUUGAGGAAGUAUUAUUACCAAAGAGAAGGUACCACAUUUGGGGACAGAGGGAGGGGCAGGUGAAAAGGAACUUAGUAAGUUCUGUCCUCAUGGAGAAACCCAUUUCUGAUAUCUUACUUCCCAGUUUGGCCUUCAGAAAUAACUUAUCUCUGGGCAUUGACUUCAUAGGGAUCAAGUCUGCUUUUCUUCCCCUGAUGGUAUUUAAAAUCAGAAUUUUGAGUUUUCAGUGGAUCACAAUAGGGUUUUUCUUGUGUAUGGGAUACCUUCACCCUGCAUAAUCACACAACAACUUUGCUUUCCAAUAUGUGGAAGAAUUUGGGUCACAUAUUUAAAAUGGUUACUGCCAGGGAAAACUCUACAGUGAAGCAAAAUUUGCACUGAUAAUUCAGGUUGCCUUAAAAUAUAAUAUUUAAGCGGUUAUUCUAAAUAGCUUUUACUUCUCAUACUAUUUUUGUUAAUGAUACUUAGAAUUUAAAGGCAGACUCAGAAGAUGCUUAAAAAUCCUCUAAGUCAUGCUUUCAGGAAGUAAUGCAGUUCUGCAGUAUUAGGUCAUUGAAGGGUAGAUAUAUUUUUUUAAAACAUUACUAAAAUCAUACAAGUCCUAUAUUCAUCCUAUGACAUACAAAUAUUUUAUUAUUCUAUUGUUAUUGGCAGGAAGAUUGAAAUACUCAGCAUUAACUGAUAGCCUGUUUUUAUGAUGAAGCUGCUAGUAUUAUUUGAACUAUUAUUUUUAUUGGAAAAGAUAAAAAUGUCCUAAGUGCCUGUUUUUCUCUUCCCUUUUAAAAGAAGUACAAUUGUAAACACAUCCAGAAUAUCAAAAACUGUGAUUGUAACAAACUCUCUCUUAUAGUAAAUGAUCACUUUUACUCUGAAAUGUUGCACGUAUGGUAUGGAAAGGAAAAUUAAGUUUCCCUUAAAUUUCUUUUUACUUGUGCUCCAAGUACACUAACAGCCCUACUCCUAGGUAAAAUACUAAAGGUCACAAGAAGACAAGAAAUGGAGAUUAUUGGUUCUAAAAUACCCAAACAUCCUCUUGUUUUAAGGCAACAUGAUGAAAUUACCCCCUCCCCACCCAUAAUGUGAAAGUUUAAGAAUGGGAUAGAGGCCGUAUCACCAAAAAUUUUGUACCAUCAUUUAGCUAACUCUGAUUCAGCACUAAAAGGCCACAUAUGAAUAUUCUUGUGCACCCACUGGAAAUAUACACAAUAGGAUUAAUUAUGGAGUUAACUGUCUAAAGAAUGCCAACUGGUUUGUGUACAGGCAGACCUUGGAGAUUGCAGGUGUGAUUCCAAACCACUGCAGUAAAGCAAAAUACUGCAAAAACGUGAAUCACAAAUUUGGUUUCCCAGUGCAUAAAACAUUAGGGAUUUUCCUUGGAGGUCCAGUGGUUAGGGCUUUGCCACUGCAGUGGGUGAGGGUUCAUUCCCUGGUUGGGGAGCUAACACUCCACAUGCCGAGUAGCCAAAAAACCAAAACAUAAAAAACUGAAGUGAUACUGUAACAAAUUCAAUAAAUAACAAUGGUCGACAUUUUUUUAAGAAUUACAUUUAUACUUUUAAGUGUACAGUAGCAUUAAAUAAAAAAAAUACACAUACCUUAAUUUAAGAACAUUUUACUGCUAAAAAAUGUUAACCAUGAUCUGAAUCUUCCGCAAAGAUCACUGAUCACGUUACCAUGACAAUAAUAAUGAAAAAUAUUUGAAAUAGUGUGAGAAUUACCAAAAUGUGACACAGAGACACCAGUGCUGCUGGAAAAAUGGCAUUGGAAGACUUGAGCCACAUAGGCUUGCCUCAGACCUUCGAUUUGUAGAAAAUGCAGUAUCUGCAGUGCAGAAACGUGAAGCACAGUAAAAUGAGGUCCGCCUGUAGAUACCUUUCAUUGGCUUUUUUCCCCUUCUCCAGUGAACCCAUUUAAUUGAGCUGAUGAUUAAAACAUCCAGUGUGUUCACACACAACUGUGAAUUCUAAGAAGUUUAGAUUCUGACAAUAUACACACGUCAGUCACAUUUAGCUAUGCCAGUUCUUUCUUGAAUAUGUCAGGCAGUGUUAAUGACUAUGCUGGCUAUUGUGUUUAGCUGCUUACAUCAGGCACACUUGCUAAUGUAUCCCCCAAUUUUUUCUCUACCAAAAUCCAAAAGAACUGCUCUUUGUUGGCCUUGAACAAUUAACCCCUAUUUAAGAGGAAAGGAGUAAGAAUUAGUAAAUCCUAGAGCGUGAGAAGUACUCUGAGAAAAAGGUUCUCAUUUACAUUUACAUAGUUAAGUAUUACAAGAAUAUUGCUUUUAUUUUUUGACAAUAAAGAUGAACUUGUAUUAGAACUAAAUGGGUCUAAACAUUUGAAGCUGUCAAGAUUUCCAAGAAACUUAAAAAAA